CUCUCGUCCAGAACGCAUUUCAUACCCAUUUUUCUUUUUGCACACAUACUCUCCAUCCAAGAGUUUUUGGGUCCUUUGGCCAUUCCCAGCUGCUUCUGGCAAUUGCUUGUCUCUGCAUACUACACUAGCUCUUUUUCUAGUUGGACGUUUGCUACCCUGGCGCCUCUCAUUCCACUCCGCUCUUCCAUGGCUUCUUUGCCUCCGCCGCCUCCGCCGUCACUGAUUUCCUCUCCACUUACGUUCGAUGGUCCUCAUGUUCCCAUUGAGACUCUAAACCUCUCUCAAUCCACAUUACUGGAUGCAGAUGACUUGGAAACAGUGUACAGGGUGGUGGAGGAGUUCGUCCGCGGGAAUAUUGACGGUCUGGGAAUGGACUUUCAAGUCUGGGAAUGGUCAAAGCCAGAACUCUAUGGACUUAUUUUGGGCAUGUUUGUCAAGCAUGGCUUGGUACCAGACUCACAGACUUUUGCAAGCUUAUUGGACUUUGUCGUGGACGUUGCAAAUGGCUACCAGGACAAUCCGUACCACUCCUUCCUCCACGCUGCGGAUGUAACAUACAUGGUGUAUUGGAUUUUGGCCGACCUGGCGUUGGCGGAGGAGUUGGGAUUUACGUCGGUAGAGUUUGUUGCGCUGCUCAUUGCCGCUUUGACGCAUGAUGUGUUGCAUCCCGGUUUGAACAACUUGUACCAUAUAAACGCGCGAACCGAGCUUGCUCAGCGAUUCAACUUCAAAUCUGUCCUCGAGAUGCAAUCAUGCGACCACGUACAAUACCUCUUGCAAAAGCACACCUUUCUGCGCACGCUUUCCUACGGCGAAUUUGGAGAAAAUAUCAAGGAUCCUGCUGCGCUUGUUCAAAAGAUCACCUUGGAGGCAAUAUUAAACACGGACAUGUGCCAUCAUUUCGGGCUUUUGGACAAGUUGAGCUGCACGACCGAGGCCGUUAUUGGCUCGCCAUCACCAAGCGAGGAAGACUUAUAUAGCGAUGACGAGGACCGUGGGGUGGUUCUAACAAAACCAGAACAGAGGGAGAGCACAGGGGACAAUGGGGCAAGAACGCCAUCGCAUAUAAAUGCGUCGGCAGAGAGCGUGAAUACCAUUCCACGGAUAUCGUCGGUAUCGAGCGAUAGUGUCGGUAGUCAACGUCCGAGUGUCGCGAGAAGGACAAGUCUACUUUUGAGCAAAGAUCAGAGACAGCAGAUGAUCAAUGUCCUACUCCAUGCUGCAGACAUUAGCAAUGCCGCAAGACCUUACGCAAUAUGCAAGCGCUGGUCCGACAUGGUCGUCGAAGAGUUUUUCCUCCAAGGAGAACAAGAAAAGAAGAUGAACCUCCCCGUCUCCCCCAAUAUGGACCGCGAAACCACGAAUCCGGUUCAGAUAGGCUUUGACUUCAAUGAAUACGUUGCCAGACCCUAUUUCGAAGUUCUUGGCGAAUUGCUGCCGUCCAUGCGACCCUUUGUCGAAAACCUCAUUGGGAAUCGAGCAAAAUGGGAAAGCAUGGGUGCCUCUGUUCGACCGGCCCAACCCCCUCCCAACAAAUCCGACGAAAUAGCGGUGUCCAGAGGGCGGAGAUUGAGUCUUGCUGCAGGAACUAUUGAAAUCCCGCAGGCCUUUGACAAUUAUAUUGCGGCACGAAGGGGUAUCAAACACCGUUACAAGACUAGCCGAAGCCUCUCUAGCGGCCGCUCACGCGGAAUCCUUCCGCUUACCGGCAGCGGCAGCCACCACAGCUCAGUCUGGAGCGUCGAAGGCGAAGUCCCCGCGUCAUCUGAAAGCGAUUCCAAUGUUGCAGAAGAACUCGCCCGAGAUCAUCUGAGCACACUCGGGCUGUUUGGAAGUAAGAAAUGGUUCCCGCAACGACGCUGCAUGUCUAUGGAUGCCCAAGCGACUGAUACCGGCGUGUUUCAGAGAUGGAACUCGACGUUUAGGCACCAGCAUGCUCGGGAGGAGGAUAUCACUGGGACACCACCCAAGGAGACAAAGAUACCAUAAUACUCGGCUCCUACCAUUUUUGUAUCAUAUUUUUUUUGGACUUUUUGGGCAUUUUCAAUCUAUAUAUGUGUAUUUUGUAAGGCACGUACAAAAAAGGGCGGGUAUGAUACUAUCCUUUGC